UUCUAUUCCCUUCACAUCAGAACGAACUAACAUUUGAGAUGCUUCCAUUAACUGGGAAAACAAUAAUAUUUGAUCACUUCCCUGAUCCUUCUGAUACCUGGCAGAUAAUUGAAACCAUUGGCAAAGGAACGUAUGGCAAAGUUUUUAAGGUGUUAAACAGGAAAAAUGGCAGCAAAGCAGCAGUCAAAAUCUUGGAUCCUGUUCAUGACAUUGAUGAAGAAAUUGAAUCAGAGUACAACAUCUUGAGAGCUCUUUCUGAUCAUCCCAAUGUAGUCAAAUUCUAUGGAAUGUACUACAAGAAAGAUGUGAAGAAUGGAGACCAGCUCUGGUUGGUUCUUGAGCUGUGCAAUGGAGGAUCUGUGACUGAUCUUGUGAAAGGAUUUUUGAAGAGAGGGGAAAGGAUGGAUGAACUUAUAAUUGCUUACAUUUUACAUGAAGCUCUUAUGGGGCUUCAGCACUUACAUGAAAACAAAACAAUCCACCGUGAUAUAAAGGGAAAUAACAUCCUGUUGACCACUGAAGGAGGAGUUAAACUUGUGGAUUUUGGUGUGUCUGCUCAGUUGACCAGCACUCGUCUCCGUCUGAACACUUCUGUGGGCACCCCUUUCUGGAUGGCUCCAGAGGUGAUUGCAUGUGAGCAGCAGCUGGAUAGCUCCUAUGAUGCCAGAUGUGAUGCAUGGUCACUAGGCAUCACUGCUAUAGAGCUAGGAGAUGGAGAUCCACCUCUUGCAGACUUGCAUCCCAUGAGAGCACUCUUCAAAAUACCAAGAAAUCCACCUCCAACAUUACAGCAGCCAGAGCUGUGGUCACCUGAAUUCAAUGACUUCAUUAACAAGUGCUUGACUAAAGAUUAUGAGAAGCGCCCAACAGUAUCGGAUCUUCUGCAACAUGAUUUCAUUAAGCAAAUUGAGGGCAAGGAGAACAUGUUACAGAAGCAGCUCAUGGACUUUAUUGAUGUUCAUCAACAAAUGGGAGUCACUGAAAAGGCAAGAUUUGAGCGUAUUCAUACAAAGAAAGGGAACUACAAUAAAUCUCAAGUUUCUAACCAGGAGGAUGUAGAUGAUUUAGCAACCUUGGAGGUACUGGAUGAGAAUACAGUGACAGAGCAGUUGCAGAAGAGCUAUGCCAGGGAUCAAAUCUAUACCUUUGUAGGAGACAUCCUCAUCGCUGUCAAUCCAUUUCAGAACCUAGAUAUUUAUUCUACACAGCAUUCCAAACUGUAUCUUGGAGCAAAACGGACUGCCAAUCCUCCCCACAUUUUUGCUGUAGCUGACAUUGGUUAUCAAUCAAUGGUGACAUACAACUCAGAUCAGUGCAUUGUCAUUUCUGGAGAAAGUGGAGCUGGCAAGACACAGAGUGCCCACCUUCUUGUUCAGCAGCUCACUGUCCUUGGAAAGGCUAAUAACAGGACUCUUCAGGAAAAGAUCCUCCAAGUGAACAAUUUGGUAGAAGCCUUUGGAAAUGCAGGCACCAUUAUCAAUGAUAACUCCAGCAGAUUUGGAAAGUACUUAGAAAUGAAAUUCACCUGUGGUGGGACCGUAGUAGGAGCCCAAAUUUCAGAAUACCUCCUUGAAAAGUCUAGAGUUGUCCAUCAGGCUCUAGGAGAGAAAAAUUUCCAUAUUUUUUACUACAUUUAUGCUGGUUUGGCAGAAAAGAAAAAACUGGCACAUUAUAAAUUGCCAGAAAAUAAGCCUCCCAGAUAUCUGCAAAAUGAUCAUUUCAGAAUAGUGCAAGAUUUAAUGAACAAUAGUUUCUAUAAGUCCCAGUUUGAAUUAAUUGAGCAAUGCUUCAAAGUCAUAGGCUUCACAAUGGAGGAGCUUGGAAGUGUAUACAGUAUUCUCGCUGCAAUUUUAAAUGUGGGUAACAUUGAAUUUUCUUCUGUGGUAUCCGAGCACAUGAUUGACAAGAGCAACAUUUCUAAUCCAGUAGCUCUUGAGAACUGUGCUUCCUUGCUGUGCAUUCAGGCAGAUGAACUGCAAGAAGCUCUCACCUCUCAUUGUGUGGUGACUCGAGGAGAAACAAUCAUCCGUCCCAACACCGUGGAAAAAGCUACUGAUGUCAGGGAUGCUAUGGCCAAAGCAUUAUAUGGACGCCUCUUUAGUUGGAUAGUCAAUCGCAUCAAUACUUUACUCAAGCCAGACAAACUUCUAAGUGAAAAUGAUGAUGGCUUGAACAUUGGGAUUCUUGAUAUUUUUGGAUUUGAAAAUUUCAAGAAGAAUUCUUUUGAACAACUGUGUAUUAACAUUGCUAAUGAACAGAUUCAAUUCUAUUUCAAUCAACAUGUCUUCGCCUGGGAACAGAAUGAAUAUCUAUAUGAAGGUGUUGAUGCAAGAGUUAUAGAAUAUGAGGACAACAGGCCUCUCUUAGAUAUGUUCCUGCAGAAACCAAUGGGCUUAUUGUCCCUGCUGGAUGAGGAAAGUCGAUUCCCACAAGCAACAGAUCGGACACUUGUAGAAAAAUUUGAAGAUAAUUUAAAGUCAAAAUAUUUUUGGAGGCCCAAAAGAAUAGACCUAAACUUUGGGAUUUACCAUUAUGCAGGAAAGGUACUUUAUAAUGCAAGUGGGUUCUUGGCCAAGAACCGAGAUACCCUGCCAGCUGACAUUGUGCUGCUAUUGCGGUCCUCCGAAAACACUCUGACCAGACAGCUGGUAACCCAUCCACUUACAAAAACAGGUAACCUGGCGCAUACUAAAAGCAAAAGUGCAAUAAAUUACCAAAUGUGGACUCCCCAGAAAUCAAUCAGCCGUACCAAGAAUGAAACUGAAGAUACAACACAUCAUCCGAGAGAGACAACCAAUAUGAAAACACAGACUGUCGCUUCUUACUUUAGAUACUCACUGAUGGAUUUGUUAUCUAAGAUGGUGGUUGGCCAGCCUCACUUUGUCCGUUGCAUCAAACCAAAUAAUGACCGGCAGGCACAUAAGUUUGACAAAGAGAAAGUACUGGUGCAGCUACGCUACACAGGAAUUCUGGAGACAGCAAGAAUUCGAAGACAGGGUUAUUCUCACCGUAUUCUGUUUUCUAACUUCAUAAAACGGUAUUCCCUCAUCUGUUAUAAAACAAAUGCUGAUCCUCCAGUCAGCCCUGAGACCUGUGCUGCCAUCUUGGAAAAAGCCCACCUUGACAACUGGGUUCUUGGAAAAACCAAAGUGUUCCUCAAAUACUAUCAUGUGGAGCAGCUGAAUUUAAUGCGAAAAGAGACAAUUGGCAGGAUUAUUUUGAUUCAGGCUUGUGUCAGGGGGUGGCUGUGUUCGAAGAGAUACCAGAAAAUAAAGGAGAAAAGGAAACAAAGUGCUAUUAAAAUACAGUCAGUUGCAAGAGGAUACUUAAUCAGGAAGAAAAGGAAAGAACAGACAGAUACAAUUAACAAAGCAGCAACAACAAUUCAGUCUCACUACAAGGGAUACAGGGAGAGGAAGAGCUUUGGAAAAAAGAGGGAAUCAUUUGUGAAGAAGGAAAAAACUGAAAAUGCAGGCUCCAUUACUGUAAUGGAAGAAGAUGAGCAGCCUCAAGGCAAUGAAGAAAACCCUGCUGGGAUGAAGAGUACUUCUUCUCAGACUGAAGAGGAGGCAGCUGUCAUUGUGCAGAGCAAUUACCCAAGCUACAGAGAGAAUAAAAAUCUAAAGGAACAAAGCAAAAAAAUGUCAGAACAAGAGUUAUCUCUGGCAGAAAACCUCAAGCCAGAAGUAAAGCCAGAUGAAAAUGUAGCACAGGAGGCUGAGACUGAGAGAGGCAAAAAAGAUAAGGCUGCUACUGUCAUUCAGAGCAGGUACCGUGGACACCUAGACAGAAAGAACCUAGAGGAUAAAAGGAAAAUGCCUCCAAGAGGUGGUGAUGCUUCUGACAAACAAAACCUUCCAGAGCAGAAUCUCAGUGACAGUAAAAACCAGAACUCUUUGAAGCAGCCAUCUAGCAACACAUCUAUCAAAAUAACAACCAAACCUGGCCUCCAAGAGCAGACUACUGAGAAAACAGACAGUACAGAUGACCAAAAUCAAGUGUCCAUGGUUGUCCAAAAUGAGCGUGAGAGUCACCUAGAUACAAACCAUCAGAAACACAAAGGAAUAGUGCCUGUUGAAAGUAAAGGCAAUAUACAAAAAGACUCAAUAAGAUGUUCACAUAAGCAAGUCAAGUUGGAAAAGCAAAGUUCAGAAGAUCAAGAGAAGGCAGCAGUGGUAAUUCAGAGUAAUUAUCGGGGUUACAAAAGAAGGGGGGAACUCAGGAAAGAGGGCAUAUUACCAUGCAGAAAUCAAGAGAGAGGCACAAAGAAGCCAUUAGCAACAGCAGUACAUUUUCAAAACCAUGAAAGAGAAUAUUCUCAUUUGGCUGAUGACCAUAAGACUCUCAGGGAAGGCUCAGAGAAAGAGGCCUGUGAUUUGGCAACCUUUUCAAGACAGAUAUCAAAAUUAUCUGAAGACUAUAUAGCACUGCAACAAAAAUUGAAUGAAAUGAUUUUGUCGCAUCAGCUGAGGCCUGUGAUUAUAUCCAAAGAAAAGCAAACAAAUAGUCAACUUUCUCCUCACAUGUGUCAAUCAGUUGCUUGCAAUGCAGAGGACUGUCGUCCCAAGCAGAGACCAACAAGGAGACCACGGAGACCCAAGACUUUAAAUAAUCCUGAAGAUUCCCCAUACUAUACUCUAGUGCAUAAAUCAGUACAAGAAGAAAAACGGAAACUAAGAAAGGACAGUUUGGACAAGAUGCUUGAUAGAGAAGAUUUAUACUACCAAGGAAUUUCAUCUAUUGAUGCUGUAUCAAAGAAUAGUUAUUCUGGCCGAAGAGAAAAGAGACAACUGACUGAGCUCAGGAGUUCAACUAUAAUGGCUAGUGAAGGGUCAAGGGUUGCAGAGAGCCCCCUGGAAGAGAGCAAAAAUGAAGAUAAUCCCUAUGACUACAGAAAACUGCUGCGGAAAACCUCUCAGCGCCGGCGCCUUAUCCAGCAAUUCUAGUUGCUGCUGCUGCUGCCAUUUGGCUUUUAUUAGCAUAAUCUUUUUUAUGAUUUUAUACCAUAUGCUUUCCUUUUUUUUUGUAUGGCUAUUUCCAAUAUUUUGCAUUUACAGUGUUUUUUUCAUUUGAAUACAAACUAUUUUAAUUUGUGGUCCCACCUCCUGUUGAAGGGACACUGUCAGGUUAAAAAAAAAACAUAUUUAAAAAAUAAUCCACAGAGUUUCCUUUGC